AUGGAAGCAAAAAACAAAAACAUGUCCAUUCUACGCCUAGCCGUUUCCCAGGCUCAUACUCGUUCCAACACACCCGCCUCUCUUUUUGCGCUGGAAAGUAUUGCGCAAUCCGCAGCUGCGCGUCAGGUGGAUUUGAUCCUAUUCCCCGAAGCAUUCAUUGGUGGCUAUCCUCGAAACACAACCUUUGGGUCGACAGUGGGCGCACAAGACUCUCAUGGUCGGGAACAGUACCUUAAAUAUUUUCAGAAUGCAGUUGAUCUCGGAGAUAUUCCCAAUGGAGGCGGCAUAGCUUGGGUGGAAAGAUCGCUGGAAGCUCCUAAGCAAGGGGGUGAAAGGGGAGACGGAACUAGAGAGGCGCUGGAGCGGAUUGCGCGAGACACAGAUGUUUUUCUCAUCGUAGGCCUAGUUGAGAAGUGCGCGGGAAUUUUAUACUCAGCUAUUGUAUAUGUGUGUCCCAACCAAGGGAUCAUCGGUAAGAGACGGAAGGUCAUUCCUACCGGCUGCGAACAGCUUAUCUGGACACCGGGACAACCCGAAUCUCUCCGUGCAGUUACCACUACCAUCCAUGGUAUCAAGCUCACCCUUGCUUCCGCUAUAAGCUGGGAGAAUUACAUGCCUCUGCUACGCCAGUCGCUCUACAGCCAGAGUGUAAAUUUAUAUCUUGCCCCUACUUCCGACGAUCGUGAGACAUGGCUGCCUCUUUUGCGUACUAUUGCUCAAGAAGGACAUUGUGUUGUUAUUAGUGCGAAUCAGUGUGCAACAAAGGCCCAUUUGCCCGGGUGGAUAACUGGCUGCCAACCUAAAGCCCCAGAAAAAAUAUUUGAGGACUUCAUAGGAGCUAGGAGCCACUCAAAUGGAAACACAGACUGGAGUGCGACGCCACCACUUAGGCUCCGUAGACAAAGGUCUGAGAUGACGGAAGAUAGUGUGGAAAGUGUUUGCCGUGAUGGGCUCAAAUCCCCUAUGAAGCUACGUCGGGAACGAGAGGCGGAAGAAGAAUAUGUAAGCCGUGGUGGCUCUUGUAUAGUAGCACCAUCGGGAGAGGUAGUUAUUGGACCGUUAUGGGAUGAAAUUGACGGUAUAUUGGUAGCAAAUGUCGACUUAGACGAUUGUAUUAGAGCUCGACUCGAUCUGGAUAUUGGCGGUAAAUUUUCUAGAAACAAGGCUUUUCAAUUGACGGUGGAUGGGCUGGAUCUAACGCCACCCCCUUAG